AUGGCCAGGUGCCUACUCAUAGAUGCAAAACUUGAGAAGAAAUUUUGGCCUUAUGCAGUUCUCACUGCAACCUAUAUACGUAAUAGGUGUUAUAACAACCGGAAUAAACAAACUCCUUACCAGGCCCUAACAAAUAAAAAGCCAAAUUUGUCUAAUAUGGCAAUCUUUGGGACUGAGUGUUUUGCAUACACCCAAAAUAAGACAAAGUUAGAUGCAAGGUGUGAAAAGGGAAUUUUCCUUGGCUAUGACAAAAGUAGUCCAGCCUAUUUGGUCCUUUUCCCAGAAAAUGGGAAAAUUCAAAAAAUAAGGAAUGUGAAAUUUACUAAUAAGUUUAAAAUCAUUGAGCAAGAUAAUGAUAUCCAAACAAAUGAUGAUAUUCUUCAUAGAGAGAUAAGACUUGGAGCAGAAAUGGCUCUUCCUCAAGUAAGGCCUGAGGGGGGAAAUGUCCCUUUGCAACCUGACAAUGUCGAGGCAGGCCUACUUGAAGCUGAAAAUCAUGAGCCUGCUCCACAACCAAGAUACCCUGUAAGGAACACUAGAAGGCCACCCCAUUUAAAUGACUACAUUGUAGAAAAUGAUCUAGAUGACGAUGAUGUGAUAAACCAUAAUGUAGACUACUGUUGUGCUACAUCUGUUUAUCCAAAAUCAUAUAAAGAAGCCAUUAAAUCAAAAGAUUCUGAAAAAUGGUGUGAGGCCAUGAAUGAAGAGAUAUCAUUUUUAAGUGAAAACAAUACUUAUACACUCACAAAACUACCUGAAGGUAAGAGCAUAGUGGGAGCACGUUGGGUGUAUACAGUUAAGGAAGGUAAAAAUGGUGAAAAGAGCUAUAAGGCACGCUACGUCGCAAAAGGGUAUUCACAAGUACCUGAAGUUGAUUAUUUUGAAACAUUUUCACCAAGAGCAAAGAUAACAUCAAUCCGUAUGUUGAUGCAGUUGGCCCUAGACCUUGACAUGGAAGUGCAUCAAAUGGACGUCAAGACGGCGUACCUCAAUGCACCAGUCGACUGUGAACUGUAUAUUGAGCAGCCAGAAGGGUUUGUCAAACACAGUGAGUCUGGGGAAAUGUUAGUAUGUAAACUUAACAAAUCACUUUAUGGUCUCAAACAAAGUGGGCGCAACUGGAACCAUAUGUUGCACACUUUCUUGACCAGUAAAGGCAUUACACAACUUGUUUCUGACCCUUGCGUGUAUAUUAAGAAACAAAAUGGCAAGAAAACUAUUUUGCUUAUAUGGGUAGAUGAUAUUAUUAUAGCAUCCAAUUCAACACCCUCACUAAAACAAGUGAAAGAUGAUUUAAGUUGUAAGUUUAAGAUGAAAGAUCUUGGAAUACUUUCAUGGUUCUUAGGUAUUAAUUUUACCUUUACUGGCAACACUAUAACUAUGGAUCAAAUUAGGUACAUCGAGAGAAUUUUAAUUAGGUUCAAAAUGGAAGGAUGCAAACCAAGGGUGACUCCAAGCGAACUUGGAGUCAAUAAGGCAAGUGCUGGGAAUUCAGACGAACCCGCUGAUCUCAAGUUGUAUCAGGAAAUUGUUGGGAGCCUUAUCUAUGUGAUGACAUCAACUAGACCCGACCUUUCCUUUAUUGUGACAAAGUUAUCUCAGCAUAUGUCAAAUCCUUCCAAUGUCCAUCUUUGUAUGGCAAAGCAUGUGCUUCGUUAUCUAAAAGGUACUAUAGAUAAUAAGCUCACUUUUAAAAAGUCUAAGGAGGGAUUGAGUAUGCACGGGUACUGUGAUGCUGAUUGGGGAUCAUCGGAAGACAGGAAAAGUAUUACAGGUUAUAUUUUUAAACUAUCAAAAGAUGGACCAGCCAUCUCAUGGAAAAGUAGGAAACAGCCAACGGUAGCGCUAUCAACCUGUGAGGCUGAAUAUAUGGCGCUAGCAGCUGCAGUUCAGGAAGCUAAGUUUCUUAGGCAAUUACUAGGGGAGUUCCUUAGCAUCUUUAUUCUCGAACCAACCAUAAUCCAUUGUGAUAACCAAAGUGCCAUUUUCCUUGCCAAAAACCCUGCGCAAAACCAGAGGUCCAAACACAUAGACAUAAGAUAUCACUUUAUUAGGACAGAAAUCCAGUCAAGAACUGUCGAUGUAAAGUACGUACCAUCUGAAGAGAACUUGUCCGAUCUCUUCACCAAGCCAGUCACAAGGCUCAAAGUAGGUAAGUUUAUAGGACAUCUUGUAGGUUGA